CAUGAGCAUAUCCUCUCCCACAAUCGCAAUUCGAAUCUGAGUGUGUCAAACACAGUUUUUAUAUUGCAACCGGGCCAACCGCAAACUAUAUGAUCUGGUUUCUAGCACUCUUACGGAAACUUCUGAAACCGAACCCCGGCCACUCACAGCAAACAUCGAAAGUUUCCAAAUUUUACAAACAAGUCCUAUUUUGAUGCUAGAACGAUGUUUCAAAAUUCAAACCACUAAUCAUAAUGUGCAUAUAUAUGAUCAUAUAAAUUUCAACCCACGUAUUUAGCAAAAAACAAUAUCCACCUAGCAUCCAAACAAAUUAUUUAGUAUUUGUAACCCAACUUCGAAAAUGGUGAAUGCGAAUCCUCGCAUCCGCUCAAUUUGGCGCUGCAGGGAAAAGGGCAAAAAGUCAAAAGAGUUUGGUCGCGCCGGCAACUCUGCAUGUCCUUUUGGCGACGUACAUCCCCAAAAUAAGCAGAGAGUCCGACAAAGGAGCGGUCAAUGAGAAGCAAAUCAAGCAGAUCGACGGUUUCGGCAUUACACCACCCCUUUUCAGUAGGCUGGCUAUUUGGUCCGGACUGUUUGGUUUUAUCCGAAACCGGACCGUAUAAUCCGGGCCAGGACCGAAUCGAGAUUGGAUAACAAACAAUCCAAUCUCGUAUUCGAGAUUAGAUUUGAGAUAAGAAAUCGUUUGGGACCGGAUCGAAAACCGGAUAAAGACCGGAUAAGAAACCCCAACACUCAAAACUUAACCAACUCCUCACCCUUUGAUGCCUCAGGCCACUCAAAUCUCCCCAAGGUCAAUCUAAAAUCAAGACCAAAUUAUGACCGGACCGGAUCAAGAUCGGACUGUAUCCAAUCCAAUCUUUGGUCCUUAUAUUCCCGAAAAGGCCGGACUGGGACUGGAUUAAUUCGAGUCAAUUUAACCGAACCGGACUGUAUAGUCACCCCUACUUUUCAGACCAUUCACUAUAAGAAGGAACAAUGGCAAUCGAUCGACCAUUCGUUUCAUAAUUAAGCAAAAAGACGACCGAUCGGAUUGCCUUACAUCUCGCCAUAUGGCUGUCCACAAAUCAUUGCUACGUCCAGCGGCGGCGGUUUUGGCGACCGCAAUCAUAUUCAUGGCGCGUCCUUCCAUCCAGGACAUCAGUGUCUCUGUGACCAACGAGCUACCCGACAAGUUACUGUUGGUGCAUUGUCGAUCCAAAGACGACGAUCUCGAGGCCCGCGCGGUGGCCCCCGCCGGCGGCAGCUUCGAGUGGAGUUUCGAGCCGAGUUGGCUCGGCGGGACACUUUUCUGGUGCAGUCUCGCGGUCGAAGAUAAGCGUCUUUCUUUCGUGGCGUACGAUCAAGGCGACUUGUACACAGAAUACUGGUACGUUCAUGAGGAUGGGGUUUAUGGGCAGAACAGGCACGCAAACACGACGUUUUAUGAGGCUCCAUGGCGCCGAGUUUCGUCACGUCAAUUAUUUGGUUGAAUGGAGUUUGCGUGAACAUCAUUAACGAUUUCACUAUACUUUGUGUAAUUCAUUAAUAUUGAAGGCCGUUUGUUAUUCAAAUAUUACGAACUUUAUACGCGCGCUCGUCGUCCUUGAUGAAUAUUAUUACAUAGAAAUUCUUUUAAUAAAUUUUAGUCCCCUAG